AUGAGUAGCGAAGACAUUUUGAAGAAUGCGCCACAAUACAUGGGGCAGAAACACAGGCGGUCCUCGUGUCCGUCUGUCACUCUCAUGGAGAAGCAGCCCAGGCAAAGCUGUAUCAUACAUACUGCUAGAAGAACAGGAAACACUGUGGGCUAUGAUAGUGGUGAUACUUGCUUUUGCCUGGGGGAGAAGGUCAAGGACAAGAUCUACUGCUCCAACCGGCGCGCGUGGAAGCUCCUGACCACGUACGUCCCCGUCAUCAAGUUCCUCCGCUACUACAAACUCCGAGAGUACGCGGUCUCUGACGUCAUGGCCGGGCUCACAGUUGGCAUCCUGCACAUCCCACAAGCUCUGGCCUUUGGUCAGUUGACCUCGGUCAAGGUCGAGAACGGCCUCUUCACCUCCCUCUGGCCCGUCCUUCUCUACGUCUUCUUCGGCACUUCCGCCCACGUGUCCAUGGGAACCAGCGCGGUCAUCUGCAUCCUGACGGCGGCCACAGUGGACAGGGAAGGGCUGGCGUGGGCGGCUGACAGACCCUGGAUCUUGAACCAAACUGGCAACGGGACGAGUCUUGACGAGGUACCGGAGUACCUGGACUUCAAAGAGGAGCUCGCGAUGGGCGUGGCCUUGAUCUCGGGGAUCAUGAUGAUAGCCAUGGGCUUCCUCAAACUGGGCUUCAUCACGGCCUAUCUGUCAGAGUCUUUCUUCACGGCCUUCACAUCCGCCGCGGCGGUGCACAUCGGCACAAGUCAGCUGCCCGCCAUGUUGGGAAUAAAGGUCGAUCGUUUCGGGGGCAUUUUCAAGAUCAUUUACAGCUACCAGGCGAUCUUUUCCGCCAUCGACACGGUCAAUGUCGCGGCCAUCAUCUGCGCCGUGGUCUCUUGUGCCGUCAUCUUGUUUGUCAAAGAUUGCAUCAACGAGAGGUUCAAACACAAACUCCCGGCGCCUAUCCCUGUAGAGCUCUUUGUCGUUAUCUUCGGCACCAUGGCGUCUUAUUUCGGCCGGUUCAGCGAGCAGUUUGACGUGGUGGUCGUGGGCACCAUCCCAACAGACAUCCCGCCCCCUGUCCUUCCAGUCGAAGGUUUGAAAUACGCCACCAACUACGUGGUCGAUUCCUUCAUUCUGGCUAUCCUCAUUUUCGCCAACACUAUCGCCAUGGCCAAGAUCUGCGCCAAGAAACACAACUACGAAGUAGACGACAGCCAGGAGCUGAUCGCCUACGGGAUGUGUAACGCCGUCAGCUCCUUCUUCAAAUGUUUCCCGUCCAGCGUGGCUCCCCCUCGCUCUAUGGUGGCCAGUGGCAUGAACGCCAGGACCACGCUCAGCGGAAUCUUUUCCUCCAUCCUCAUGCUUCUCGUCAUUCUCUUCAUCUCCAAACUGUUCACAGAACUCCCCAAAGCCGUACUCGGCGCCAUUAUUUUCAUCGCUCUCAAAGGCCUCAUUAUCCAAAUCCUGGACGGUAGGAAGUUUUGGCGUAUCAAUAAAUUCGAUUUCGUUAUCUGGUUUUUCACCUUCUUUUCCACCGUCUUCCUCGAUAUCGAUCUCGGUCUAGGCAUUGGCGUCUGCGUGUCUCUAAUCACUGUCGUGUUCCAGACUCAGUUUUCUCGUGGUUACAAGAUCGGCUGUACCCUCAAAGACCCGGCGCUGGUAGAACACAAGAAAUACCUGGACUCCUCAGAGGUACCUGGCGUCAAAAUCUUCCGCUUUCAGUCGUCCUUAUAUUUCGCCAACGCCGAGAUCUUCCGGAACACGCUGUACAGGUGCACGGUGAACCCGAGGAAGCUGCUGAAGGGUUUGAAGAAAAGAGAGAAGCGUCUGGUGGACGACAACAAGGAGAGGAUCUCCCAAGGACUGCCGCCGGAGCGGCGCCGGAACUCUCUGAUGAUGGGAGAUCUGGGCAUGGUCUCCAGGGACAGCAGUUCCAGCCUCAGCAAGGCCGUGUCGGGAACUGACGCCAGGUUCAACAGCGCGGAGCCCGGGAAAACGGAGAAGUCCUUCACCAUGACACAAGACAGAUACACCAAGAAAAGCGAGAACGGAUUCAACGCCUUCGACCCUCCACGCCGGCGAGAGUCCACCAUCUCCAUCAACUUUGACGAGUACGAGGAAGAUCCAGAGGACGGGGACGAGCUCAUCUCAGACGAGAAGCUCCGGAGCAUGCGCAAGAUCCACCACAUCAUCCUGGACUGUGUGACCAUCAACUACCUGGACGCCUCGGGCGCCAACGUACUGAGCCACAUCUACUCUGAGUUCGCUCACGUCAACAUCAAGCUCUUCCUGGCCGGCUGUUCUCUGGACAUGCGCAGAGCGAUGGAGCAGGCCCGGGUGUUUGACAAGAUCCCACGUGACCACCUUUUCCUGGACGUUCAGGAUGCUCUGGUGGUGGCCAAACCGCUGCGCACCCUGCCCCUGGCCUCGGACGCUUUGGAGGAUUUCUCGGACGAGGAGGCGAUCGAAGACUCUUACGUCACCAAGAUGUGAGUUUAUGGGUCAUAGAUGGCUUGCUAUAGAGAUGAUGGAAGUUUGUGGGGUAUAGCUGGCUUGUUAUAGAGAUUAUGUAAGUUUGUGGGUCAUAGCUGGCUUGUUAUAGAGAUGAUGUACGUUUGUGGGUCAUAUGUGACAUUUUAUAGAGAUGAUGUAAGCGUGUGUGUUAUAAUAUGUGACAUGUUAUAGAGAUAAUGUAAGCGUCUUACUUCUAGCUGGUAUGACAGAGAUUUUGUUACUGUCUAGGGGAAGUUUAAGCGAUCGAUCGAUUAGACAGAUUAAGUGGAAUCAUUGUACAAGAGAGUUGUUUAUAGCUGGUAGGCUAUAGAGAUGAUGUAAGCGUCGUACUUCUAGCUGGUAGGCUAUGGAGAUGAUGUAAGCCUGUUCCUUCUAAUUGGUAUGACAGACAUUAAAGUUCUUGUCUAAAAAAAGUUUAUUAAAACAAUUGAUCAAUUAGAAAGACCUAGAAGAAUCGUUGUAUAAAACAGUUGGUCAUAGCUUACAUGAAACAGAUUUUGUUAAUGUCUAGAGAAAGUUGAACAGUCAGAAAGACUGAGUAGAAUUGCUACAUAACCCUUUUAGUUAUAGCUUGCGUGUCAGAGGUUUUAUCAUUGUCUAGAAAAACUUGAAGAUUGAUCAAUUAGACAGACUGAGUAUUAUAUUAUUAUAUAAGCCUAUCGCUUGUAGCUUGCAUGCAAGGGGUCUCAUCAUGAUCUAGAGAAUUUUUAAAAAAUAAAAUAUUUAAUUGAUUGGAAAGGCUUAAUAGAAUCAUUGCAUAAGCUUGUUCCUUCUAGCUGGCAGGACAGAGAUGUUGUUCUUAUCUAGAGGAAGCUUAAACAAUUUAUCGAUUAGAAAGACUUAGUAGAAUCAUUGUAUUAGACAGUUGGUUAAAGCUGAAAGAUUGAUCAGGAUAGAGGGGCUGAGUAGAACUAUUACAUGCGCAUAUUGUGUAUAGCUUGCAUGCUUUUAGCAAUGUCUAGAGAAAAUCUAAACUUAAGAAAGUGAAUUAUUACUUGAGCCUGUUAGUGAAGCUUGCGUGUCAGAAAUUUCAUCAUUUUCUUGAAUAAGCUUAAACAAUUGAUGCUUCGGAAAGAUUUAUAGUAUUUUCUUUUUUUCUUAUAAAAAUCUGACCAAAAGUAUAGUGGUAUUACCACGAUAUGCUCAGUAUCUAGGGAAUGUUGAAACUGUGAUCUACUGGAAAACUGAAGUGAUAUUAUUAUUGCAUAAUGCUCUUUAGCUUACAACAACAACAACAAUAACAACAACAAUAAAAUCAACGAGCAAUACACUGCGGUAUCAAAUUUAGACAUAGAUGUAACUGACACAACGACGAUAACGACGACAGCUACAACAACAACAUCAACAACAACAGUGU